UCAACUGACUAUCUCAUUUGCUCGAUGCUUGUCUAACUCUAAGCUGAGUCAAUAAAACUUUGUCCACUGAGACACAGAGCUUUCAGCUUACGGGUUGCCUGUCCCAAAAUGGGGUCUUGCAAAGAUAUCUUUCUACUACUUUUAUUUCUCUGCACAGUUCAUGGAGAAAUCCUGGAUAGCUAUGUAAAAACAGAUGGUGCUUGGAUACUUGGACAAUAUAAAAAAUUCUAUAGAACUCUUAAUAAAGAAGAAUGUGCAGAGAAAUGUGAAGCUGAAACAGCAUUUUCUUGCAGGUCUUUCUUAUUUGCUGUCAAGGAUCAACAGUGCAUUACUUUGGCUGAUAAUACCAAAACAACAGUUGUGUUCAGAAGGGCAGAUGUAACUCUCUUUGAAAAAAGAAUUUAUCUACUUGAAUGCAGAAGAGGAAAUGGAUAUGACUACCGAGGAACAGAAUCUAAAACUCAGGGAGGUGUAGCAUGCCAGAAAUGGGCAGACAAGAAUCCUCACGUACCUAAUUACUCACCUAGAACUCACCCGAAUGCAUCACUGGAAGAAAACUACUGUAGGAAUCCUGAUAAUGAUGUAAAAGGUCCCUGGUGUUACACCACAGAUCCUGAAAAAAGAUACGAUUAUUGUAGCAUCCCAGAAUGUGAAGAGCAGUGUAUGUACUGCAGUGGAGAAAACUAUCAAGGCAAAGUUUCCCAAACAGAAUCUGGGCUUCAGUGCCAACCAUGGGCUUCUCAAGAACCUCAUUCUCAUGGAUACCUCCCUGCAAAUUUUCCAGAAAAGAAUCUGAGGUCAAAUUACUGCCGUAAUCCUGAUGGGGAGCCUCGCCCUUGGUGUUUCACCACCAGCCCAACUAAACGCUGGGAAUUUUGUAACAUUCCACGGUGCACUACGCCUGCACCAAUCUCUACGGUUGGGCGUCAGUGUCUUGAGAGAAAUGGAGAAAAUUAUCGAGGGAAAAUUUUUGUGACCGAAUCUGGAACAACGUGCCAGUCCUGGGCAGCUCAAGAACCUCACAAACACGCUAGAACCCCAGAAAACUAUCCUUGCAAAGGUUUAGAAGAAAACUACUGUAGAAACCCUGAUGGAGAGACAAAGCCAUGGUGCUAUACCACUGAUUCCAAUAAACGAUGGGAAUACUGUAAUAUUCCUAGUUGUGAUGGUCCUGCUAUAGCGACUGCUGCACCACCUGUUAUUCCCCCACAAGCUGCAUCUGUGGAAGACUGUUAUGAAAGCACUGGCACAAACUACCGGGGUACCAUGGCACUGACUGUUUCGGGAAAGAAAUGCCAAGCAUGGAGCUCUAUGUCACCACAUCGUCACACUAAAACCCCAUCUGCAUUCCCAGAUGCGGACCUAAGGAGAAACUACUGCAGGAAUCCAGAUGGUGAUAGAGCACCCUGGUGUUAUACUACAGAUCCCAGUACAAGAUGGGAGUUCUGCAAUCUACAAAAGUGUGCUGAGCUUGUGCAACAACGCCCUCAGCCCACAACGCCAACAAACCUUGAAUCAGACUGUAGGAAUGGUAAAGGUGAAGAUUACCGUGGAAAGAUUGCCUCAACCAUAAGUGGAAAGACUUGCCAAGAGUGGCACUUGCAAACACCUCACAGUCACGAUUCUUUCACACCACAGAGUCAUCCACGUGCAGGACUGGAAAAAAAUUACUGCAGAAAUCCUGAUGGAGAUAUUAAUGGUCCCUGGUGUUAUACCACAGACCCAAAGACAGCAUGGGAAUAUUGUGAUGUCUCACAGUGCCCUCCUCCUGAAUACGAAUGUGGGAAAGCCAAACAUAAACCACUUCUGUGUUUUGGAAGGAUAGUUGGUGGGUGUGUUUCAAAUCCCCAUUCUUGGCCCUGGCAGAUCAGUCUCCGGACAAGUUUCAAUAUGCACUUCUGUGGAGGCACUUUGAUAGAUCCACAGUGGGUUCUGACAGCAACUCACUGCAUAGAACGGUCAUCAAGGCCUUCUUCUUACAAAGUGGUAGCUGGACUGCACACAGAGAGGGCUUCAGAGCGCUCUGCACAACAUCGAAAUGUUCUGAGACUUUUCAAAGAACCAAGUGGAGCAGACAUUGCCUUGCUGAAACUGAGCAGCCCUCUACUCAUCACUGAUGAAGUAAUUCCAGCAUGUUUGCCUCCAGCCAACUCAAUGGUUGCAGGUGGAUCAGAAUGCUAUGUCACUGGAUGGGGUGAAACAAAAGGAACUGGUGGAGAUGGCUUUCUUAAAGAGACCGGCUUCCCUGUCAUUGAAAAUAAAGUGUGUAAUCGGCCUGAAUUUCUGAAUGGCAGAGUCAGAACCACCGAACUUUGUGCUGGUAAUAUUGAUGGUGGCACUGACAGUUGUCAGGGUGACAGCGGAGGGCCUCUGGUCUGUACAGAGCAAGGAAAAUACGUCCUUCAAGGAGUCACCUCUUGGGGUCUUGGCUGUGCCCAGCCCAUGAAACCAGGGGUGUAUGUUCGAGUUUCUAGGUUUAUUUCAUGGAUUGAAAGAACAAUGAAAGAAAACUAGCUCUCUAGGAACCUCUUGUUAAAAAUAACAGAGAAUGAAAGUGAGAGAAAGAAAAUGGAAUUCAGAGUGCAAUGUUAUAAAAUAAUUCACCUGAAUGUAAAACAAAUAUAAAUAUGCAUCCUGUAAGCAACACAGCUAGAUUGGCUUUUUUUUGUAUCCCCUUACAAAUUCUCUCAUUUGAAAAGUCUUAGAGCUUGUUGAACAAAAAGCCAAACUAGAUUUAAUGUGAGACAUCCAUGGAUAAAACUGCCAACCUUUUAAAAUGAUUAACAGUAUCUAUGCAGGAAAAUAUUACAAUGCCAUCCAGGCACCUAUAUGUUUUGGUCCAUAGGGUAAAUUGCAGAUGUUGGGGCAAGGGACAAGGAAUUUUAAUUGAGGAUAUGGAACUGAGGAAGGAAUUACCCCAUUCCACCAGUGUCACAGUGUGAAUCUGAAUAUUACCAACCCCAGUUAAUAUUAAUCCUUUAAAAAUGCAGAGACCCUAUUUGUCAAUCUCCCAUGUCGUGUCUAGCUUGUUUCUUACCUAGAACUUAUACUGUUCACCGCUUAAUUGAGAGCAUACUGAAUAAAUACAUUCUUGUUAAAUAUGUUGUUUUUUUCUAAUGAACUACUAGAAUUGUUGUUACUAUUAUAUUCUGAUUUUUUCCUCAGUCUGGGACUCAAGGUGUCUUACAAACAAUAAAACAGACACAGCUAAAAUACACCUAAUUUUCAGUGUAUUUAAAAUUUAAGCUCCCCCCCCCCCUUAUUAGAUUCCAGCAGAGUGGUGCAUGCCUUUUAAUGUAUGUUCUGGACUAGCUGUUGGUUGGUUUGUUUUCUCUUUUGAUCUAAGAAUGUAUUUAUUUCACCAUGUUUUUCCCAGGACUGGAACUCAAGAUGAUUCACAAUAAGAUUAAAAUAGGUAAAACAGAUAAAAACAGACAGAGGAUUUUAAAAAAAGAACAAAAUCUUAAAAUACUAAAAUGCAGUUAUACCAAUUAUCAUAUUGAAAUAUGACUGAGUUAGAAAACAGUUUAAAAGCAAUACUUUUGAAUGUUCAGAAGGCAUUAUUAGUCACAUGUUUGCUAGUGUUGGCAUGGGAAACAUUAGGUACCCAAGGAAGUGCAAUCCCUUCAAAUUGAUGUGACAAUUGCAAGACAUAUUUGAAAAAGCUGGAUGUAGUUGCAUUGAUUUUUAUUGGCACAUAUAACAAUAAAAUAUUUUUAAAGCCA